AUGCUUUCCAACACCCUCGCAGCAAGCCUGCUGCUUCUCACACCCAGCGCCCUCGCCGCGCCAACAAGAACUCACUGCAGCUGCAAAAUCGUGUACAAUGACACGACUUCGACAUCACCACCACCCUCACUCUACACACCCUCUACCGCCCAUUGGACCCCCGGCAACCCCUCUGAAGACGAAAGCAAAUCACCAUUACCCGCCCCCAUCGCCGUCAGCGUCGCCGUAUGCGCAAGUCUAGGCUCCGAACUCGAGCGCUUCCGUCAUACCGAACCCGAACUCUACGAUCUGUACAUGGGCGAAGAGCAACGGAGAAAACAAGAAGAAACUAGUACUACAGAACGACGCCCACUUCCCACAGCCGUCCUCCUACGCGGCGACCAAGACAUAAUCAACCCCGGCCAUAACAGCCACAAGCACCAUGACGACCAUACAUCACGGCCUUCAAAACCCCAAGGCAGAAUCGUAUGUUUUGCAUCACCAGGAACCCUGCCCCCGCACGAUUACCAGACGUCAUCCAUGGGUCUCUGCGCACUGCAACUAAUUGUCGUGCUAUCAAUCUUUGCCUGUAUUGUAGAAGGCCUCCAACUAUGUCGAAAUUUCAUAAAACAACAAUUCUUCUCCUCUUCCGCACCAGAAAACGACCCACUUCCCCCCUCCGGCAGCCUUCGUCUCAACGGCGCCGAAAAACGGCUCCUCGCCAUCCCCGAAACACACCCUACAGACCCCAGAUACCCGCUAUGCAGCAGUCCCGGCGCAGAAAAAAAGAUGCGCGCAUAUGAAAACUCAUCGCACCUGUCCAUCUCACCAACAAAGUACUUUGUGCACCAUGGCGUUGGCGGCCGCAGAGAAUUCAUCGCCUAUGACGAUGACAGCGAUGAUGAGGUGAAUCGGCCGGUUAUGUAA